GGCUUUGGUUCCCCCGCACCAUAGAUGUCAAAGGCUGAAGCUGCUCCCUUUGCCACAUUAUAACUAGUAGAGGAUCCUCAUCGACCAUGGCCACAGCUGCCUCGAAUCCCUACAGCAUUCUCAGUUCCAGCUCCCUUGUCCAUGCGGACUCCGCGGGCAUGCAGCAGGGAAGUCCUUUCCGCAAUCCUCAGAAACUUCUCCAAAGUGACUACUUGCAGGGAGUUCCCAGCAAUGGGCAUCCCCUCGGGCAUCACUGGGUGACCAGUCUUAGCGACGGGGGCCCGUGGUCCUCCACAUUGGCCACCAGCCCCCUGGACCAGCAAGACGUGAAGCCGGGACGCGAAGAUCUGCAACUGGGCGCAAUCAUCCAUCACCGCUCGCCGCACGUAGCCCACCACUCGCCGCACACUAACCAUCCGAACGCCUGGGGAGCGAGCCCUGCUCCAAACUCGUCCAUCACGUCCAGCGGCCAACCCCUCAAUGUGUACUCGCAGCCAGGCUUCACCGUGAGCGGUAUGCUGGAGCACGGGGGACUCACUCCACCACCAGCUGCUGCCUCCACACAGAGCCUGCAUCCAGUGCUCCGGGAGCCUCCAGACCAUGGUGAGCUGGGCUCGCACCACUGCCAGGACCACUCUGAUGAAGAGACUCCAACCUCUGAUGAGUUGGAACAGUUCGCCAAACAAUUCAAACAAAGAAGAAUCAAGUUGGGCUUCACGCAAGCCGACGUGGGGCUGGCACUGGGCACACUGUAUGGCAACGUGUUCUCGCAGACUACCAUCUGCAGGUUCGAGGCCUUACAACUGAGCUUCAAGAACAUGUGCAAGCUGAAACCGCUAUUAAAUAAGUGGCUGGAGGAGGCUGAUUCAUCCACAGGAAGCCCGACCAGCAUUGACAAGAUCGCUGCUCAAGGCCGCAAACGCAAGAAGCGAACCUCCAUCGAGGUGAGUGUCAAGGGCGUACUGGAAACACAUUUCCUCAAGUGUCCCAAGCCUGCAGCGCAGGAGAUCUCCUCGCUGGCAGACAGUCUCCAGUUGGAGAAAGAAGUGGUGCGUGUCUGGUUCUGUAAUAGAAGACAAAAAGAAAAAAGAAUGACUCCGCCAGGGGAUCAGCAGCCACACGAGGUUUAUUCGCACACGGUGAAAACAGACGCGUCCUGCCACGAUCUCUGACUGGAGGAAGCAAGGAGGUGGCCCGCUGCACUGGGAGCAGUGCUGAUACAAUUCUCUCUUUACCUUCCUUUCAGCAUUACAUCCUUUAUUGUUGCUAUCUCUCUAGCUUGCUAGCUCUUCUUUUCUUUCACAGGGGUUUCUAACUUCUUAUGACUUAUGUUAAGAAAAGAAACACACACACGCGCGCGCGCUCAGGCAAACACGCACGCACGCGCGCGCGCGCGCGCGCGCACACACACACACACACACACACACACACACACACACAUACACACACACAUUCAGGCUUCUCAACUCUGAAACACAAUUAUAUUAAGAAGUCCAGGUGGGGACCCUGUAUUCCCUGCUGCCAGGACAAUUUCCCUCCAACCUUUUUCUGCUGAUCAAUAUAUAUUGUUUACUCUGAGUAAGAUUUGUUUGGUUGCUCCUCUCUAAGAAGGGCAAGGAGCUGGGUAACGGGUGGGGGGCGGGGGAGGGUGGGAAGACAGAUGUGUGCCUAUGAAUAACCUUUCAGCGCCUUGGUUAUAGCAGCUGUAUUUCAGGUGAAAUCUGUUUUACAAUAGACUAGUUUUGCAUUUUUUUAAAACUUCUAUAGCGUUUCUAAUUGUCUGCGGUGUUUUACUACAAGCUGUACACAAUAUUUGUGAGAUAAUUUGUAUCUAAUCGACCACUCCACAUUAUUAUUGCUAUUAUUAUUAUUUCUUCAUUGAGCUGAUGGGUUUUUAAUUGCUUAAAAAGGGAGGGAGGCUGAAAGGAGGAGAGAGAAAAAUGCUCACCUCCUGCACUCCCACACUUGAGGAGAGGAUAUGGUGGAGAAAGUUGUUGAUGCUUCUAUUUUCCCCCCCGGAACUGAGUGCCUAUAUGGGCAGAACAAGCAAACUGAAUAGGUUUGCAAAGUAGCCUGAAGGCUAUUUCGCUGCUUUUUUGCCCCCUCCCCCGACUUUCACGGAACUGUGGAGCCCUGGAAGGCUUCCACAGCACAGAUCCCGGUGCCCCAGAAGGAUUCAGCUGUGGCGCGAAGAAUGGGAUGUGAGCGACCUGAAGGAUUCUGAAUUCACCAAGGUCGUGAAUGCCUGUGCGUGAAGUUUCCCACAGGCCGCCAGCUUAGUCGGGUUGACAACCUGCGCUACCCUAUGUACACUCUCCUAGAUGAAAGACUUGGCCUUCACAAAUGGUGGCUUUCAAAGGAGACCACUACCCAAAGACUCUGGCGCCCUAUUGGGCCAGCGCCUCCCAGUUCAGUUCACCUCCAGUUCGCCGCUCGCUCUCAGGGUGAGAAACGCUCUCGGUAGGGUGGUGAGGGGGUAGGCAUCUUCAGCUUCGUGCGGAGAGACAAUAAAAUAAUUGGCAAAAGUCACGAAGAUUCUGGUCCAGCCGCACACCACCUCCUCCCUCUUGUACAUACCAAGGUCUGAGUAAGCUCUUAGGGAGCCCUUCUCAGUGUCUUUGACAAGCACAGCUGGUGGAAGCCCAAGGCGCAGAUCGAGCGAGCUAGCGAGCGCCUGGGCGGCUAAGUUUAUGCUUUUUUUUUUCUUUUAAAAAUCUGUGUGUAUGUAUUUCUGUGAGUGUGUGGUGUGCGCGUGCAAACGUAUGUGUGUAGAUAGCUGUGUGUACCGUAUUACUGUAUACAAAAAAGAAAAAAAAAUGAAAAAAAAAAUCUCCUUAGACUAUGUAGAGAUCCCAAAACGAAGCGGUUGCCGUGGCUUUAUGGCUAGCUUUCUCUCAUGUCCACAGGACAGGUUCACAGGUGCACCUCAUCCCCAGCAAGCACUGUGUGCUGGCCCAGUGAAGCGUCCAUGCCCAGCCAGCCACAGCGUGCCUGACCUGAAGGGGAUCUCGCCAGGAGGCUGAUCUCAGGAUUCAGCUUGCCGGUGCGCAGCUGUGGUAGACAAAGCUUCAAACUACCUAAGGACCAGAAAACCUUGUGCCCCUUGUGUAAGAUGCGCUAGUAUGGGCUGCCAGGUUGACCACAUUGUGUCUCCCCUAGCCGCAGGUCAAAGAGCUUAUAUUAAUUCAAAUUCCAGACCCUUUCUUUUGCUAUUUUUUUUUUCUUGGUCAAGCCUCUACAUUCUUAGUUUUAGGCUUUAGUUCUGUGAUUUUAUUUUCCUGUUCAAUUCAUGUUUCACAAAUGUUCGAAGGUGGGUGGGUUAUUUGUUUUUGUUUUUUCUUUGCAGUUAAAUGCUAUGGUUCAAACCUGAGUUAACCCAAAUAUUUCUGCCGACUUUAUAAUUGUACAGUUUUGUAUAUUAAACGUUUUUGAAGUUAUUAAUUUAAAAAGAUCAUUUAGUUUAUUCAUUUAGUAACUGAUGUAUAAUAAACGCUAUUUUCAUUAAGAGUUGCUUUUUCAACUAUUUUAUUCAAAUUGCCUAUUGCAGUUCCCAACGAUUAUUUAUUUUCAAUAAAUUCUGCAUUGUGUUUAAAUGGAAAUUGUUUCAAAGAUGAGUUGGGUGUCAAAAAGAAAACAAUUCGCUGUAACGUUUGAUGUGAGCAGUUUUAGUCAAGGGGUUUAUAUUGACGCAAUAUUUUAUUGUUGUAAAAGAUUUAAAAGGUUUAAAUAAAACAUUUUUCCAAAAAAAAAUCAUGUUUUCUUCUCCUGGCCUUCAUGUGCUGUGUGUGAAGUGGAGCAUUUAAAGAAGCACAUCUUGGGUGAGCAAGGCAUUUGCUUUGCUUCGGGUAAGAAACCGUUAGUUUUUGUAUUGAUUCUGGUUACUAUUCCUCUGAUGUUUGCCUUUUGGUUCAGAAGUAUACUCUCACACAUAAUACCUAUUUGUGCACUCAUAUCCAUGUGCUAGAGCAAAAUGUACUCUUCAAGGGUGGGGAGACUUGCUGGGAAGAACACUGGCAAGCCAGGUCCAAGACUAUUUCCUUAGUGUUCUCCGAGAGCAUAAUGUCUUUGUCAACCAGUGUUUUCUAGUCAGACCCCCAUCCUGAAAUUAUACCCAAACCUUCCCUGGACUUGUACAUUUCUUACAUACCUUUAUCUGUCUUCUUUCUCCCCACUCCUGACAAGCCCUUCUAGUAAGGGACCUGGAUAUGUUUUUAAUGUAAGUGUUAGUGUUCAUCUUAAGGUGCUCCCUGGGCCCAGAAACCUCAAACAAAUGGUGUUUUUCAAUCCCUAUUUAUCUGGUUUGCAAGAAGAAAACAAACAAGUAAAAAUAACAAGGAUUAUGAGAGAACUGGGAGAAUUUUGAUUUAUUAUACUCAUCUUUCCACUCCCACAUAUGAUUUUAAAUGUAUUAUUGAUUUCAUAAAUUCUUCCACAAAAAUAAGCGACUGCUACCUGUAGUGGCAGCUAAAGAGUAAUAUGCCAACUAUGAGACAAUUCUACUUUAAGGACAAGCAUGCUUUGUUCAAACUUUUUUUCUUGAUUGGUGUUUUUGAAGAAAUAAACAAAAUACAAUUUCUGGCAAUAAGUACCCCCUUCAACUCAUACUCUGAUAUAGAUAUUUCUCUUAGACAAAUCAUAAUUGUUUAAUCACUUUAAUAGCUAAUGAUUAUGAUGUAUGUCUUGACGUUUUCAGAUUGCACAAUUAUUUAUAGCUGUAUAGUAAAACACAC